GAGGGGGCGGGGCGUGCGGGGCCUUGUCGUCGCGCUCGCUGGAUAGGCCGCGUUCCGACUCGCUUUACGGCCGCCUCGCGCGAAGCUCCUCCUUUUCCUUUCCUCGCUAAGAUGGCGGCGGCCGGGGUGAGCUUGCGUUUACACCUGGGGGCCCCUCGCAAUCCGUUUGCAUCCGAUUUUGGGGGCAGCAUUUGGGCGCUCGGAGUGGGGCACUUAGAAAAAAUGACCCUAGCCAGUUGUUUUGGGGGGGAUAUUGCUGGGGAGAGGCGGUUGGGGUAGGAGGAGAGGGGCAGGAAGGGCCGAGGUGGGAGUGUCAGGGAUACUUUCUUUCCUCCCCUCCCCAAUUCUAAUGUCAUUCGGUUCAGGCUGCUUCAUUGGGGUGGCUAGACUGUGCCAGGGAGUCAUAUGGGGGAUUUAUGAACCUCGCCGUGGGGAGGCCAUUGGUCUAUCUAGCUCAGUAUUGCUUACACUGACUGGCUCUCCAGCGUAUCAGUCUGGUCUCUCCCAGCCCUAACUGGAGAUGCUGGGAUUGAUCUGCAUGCAAGGCAGAUUCUCUUACACCAAGCUGCGGCCCUUCCCCAUAAAUUAAUGCCCCUGGUGUGUUUGUAAAGGCAUUGGUAAUGUUUCCAUGCUGUUUCUUAUUUAUGGGGUGCAGAAGUAAUAAAGGGACUCCAUGUGUGCUGGAAUCAUGGUGGGGGCGUGUUCUGCCUGCCAUUGAUCCUCUGUGUGCAGGGGCAGUCUACUACAAAAUAGCAGGCGAUUUGGAGAGCGAACAAGUAGGAUGGGGACUGUUGGUUUUCUGGCGUUUCCUGGGGUCAUCCCUGGCUGCUGCUGAGAAAUGUAAACUAGUGCGACUCUUUAGACAACCUAAAGAGUAAUAGCUCAGGGAUUCUUAGCCAUGGUGAGGCAGUGAAACCUCCAUGUUUAGCAGCAGUCUAUGCUGAAGAAGGGAGACUGUUGCUUCUGGCUGUCUGGUGGUGGGAAAAGAAAGCUGGAUUAAAUCUAUAUCUGGUCUGAGGCCUUGAAUAGGUGUUUCACAGGAGAGGUGGGCCUGGUGUCUUGUUGCACUCCUGGGGAGCGGUGGGAAAUGGCUUGUGAAAUGGGAGUGGGGGCUUGUGGGGCAGAAGUCUUGAGUGCAGAGUGGGAUACAGGAGAAGGUGGGUAGCCUGCUUGGCGCUGAGUUAAGGGGCGUAGUUCAGGGGUAGUUCAUCUUCGCAUACAAAAGGUUGCAGGUUCAAUCCUCAGCACCUGCAGGUUUGGCUGGGAAAGACCCCUGGAUGAGAUCCUGGUGAUUAGCUGCCAGUCAGUGUAGCAGAGUUAGAUAGAGCAGUAACUUGAGUUUAUAAGGCUGCUUCCUGUAUAGUUGGAGUGGGUUUUUGUGAGGGGGAGACUAGGCUGAUGGAAAAGCAGGCUGCAGUGCAACCUUUUGGAGACCCUGGAGGCUGCUCAUUGGUGGGUGUGGCUCUGUGGUGGAGUGAGUGUCUAGGAAGUAGUUUAUAUGGGCAGUGGGGAGGGUGCAUACAAGAAUAGAAGGCUGCUGAGGUUUCUAGUUCAUAGUGAUGAGAUAGCAUUAUGCUGCGGGUGUGGUAAGCUCAGGAUUUCCUACAGUACUGCAGUGUCAGAGUUGCAGUGACUCAAGGCAGGAAAUGAUGAGGUAUGAUGGCAGUGUAGGAUACUACAACCGUAAGAUCUCGUACGGUCAACUGUAAGCCAUUAAAUCUCUGGUUCUAAAAUAGCACCACUUGAAAAUAUAUUUGGGGGGGCGUUUCCAGAGAGCAGAAGCUAGGAAUCUUCUCUUGCAUAUCAAAGCUCUGUUCUGCAUUGUGUCUUACACUGAUCCUUUCUUUGCAGACUCUUUACACCUACCCCGAGAACUGGAGGGCGUUCAAAGCCCUCAUAGCUGCCCAGUACAGUGGCGCCAAGAUCAAGGUCCUCUCCACCCCACCACAGUUCCACUUUGGCCAGACCAACAAGACCCCGGAGUUCCUGAAGAAAUUCCCAGCUGGGAAGGUGAGUGACUGGCCCCACUUGAGCUGAUGUCUUCCAGCUGCCUCUCCUUGCUGAGAGUUGGUGAAAGGGGAGCUGCCUAUGAGUCUGCUGGGUCACCUUGGCUUGUUCCCAGUUUGCCAGGAGGUGACUGUGCAUAGUGGCAAAGGUUUUCUAGAUAUGCCUGGUAAAAACAUCAGCAUCCCUACAUCAAAACUGCCUCCACAGUCAGAGACAGCAAUGCUUCUGAAUGCCAGGUGCAGGAAACCACAGGAGGGGAGAGGGCUCUUGUGCUCAGGAACUGCUUGAGGGCUUCCCGUAAGAGGCAUCUGGUUGGCCAUUAGAAGAACAGGAUGCUGGGCCAGAUGGACUCAACAAGCUCUUCGUUAUGUUCUUAAAAUGUAUAUUCUGUAAAUAAGUUGGCAAAAGUUUCUACAAAUUACUGUGAGCCUGAGAAACACACUGUGUCCUGUGGGCACUUGGUCUGCAGGGAAUUCCUCCUUACAUAUGACAACUCGGCAAGUGUAGUAUUUAUAUACUGUAUUGGCCUGAAUAUAAGCAACACCUUUUUUUCCAAAUUCUGACUGAAAAGUUAAAGUGCAGCUUAUAUUCGUGACCAUACAAUAUCGCUGCUGAAACAGCUGCCCAUGAUGGCCGUUGGGAGUGCAGGACAAUGGCGCCCGUCCGCCUCCUCCAAGCCGCCAAAUUUUAAAGGUGUGGCUUAUAUUCGGGUACGGCUUAUAUUUGGGCCUAUAUAGUAAAUACAUUUACUACAGUGAUUAUAUAGUCAUGUAGAGAAUAUUGUUACACCCAAAUGUUGGUUUGGCACAAUCCUCAAGAGCUGCCACUCUGUUCUGGGUGAGGAGUCACAGUCCUGAAAGUCUCGCAGGGCUGGGAGAAACUGCGUGUUGAAAAGGUUGGGCUGAACUCUCCCAAACAUGCUUGUUUUCUUAUAUGCAAGGAGUUGUGUUUUUGUAACAGGGAAGUAUUCAGCCUCGCACCUGCAGCAAGGUAGCCCCACCUCUUGACUUCUGGUUACAAACGGGGCCAUUUGUACAAUCCGGAUUUGGUAUUGGAGUGCUUUUGGAGUGCUGUGCAUUGAUUUCUACAUGCAGUAGUGAUGUCAAAUUUCAAGCUAUAAUUUUAUGUGUAUUUUGCAAGCAUCCAAGAGUGGGGUUGAAUUGGUCUUGGCAGGGGGGCACUAGCUGGCUUCCCAGCGUUGUGGGUGCUUCAAAUGGGACCUUUGCAUGGCUUGAGAGAGGCUGUUUUUCUUCCAUAGGUUCCAGCCUUUGAAGGGGACGAUGGAUUCUGCGUGUUUGAGAGCAAUGCCAUUGCACACUACGGUAACCUCAGUCACCUCUGUCUGCUUCUGAUAACUUAACAGAAAGUGGGAGCAGGGUUUGUGGGCAUUGAACCAAGAAUUCCUUAGUUGGGGGCUCCUGUGCAAGGCAGAAGGUUUGAGGUUGGUUGACUGCUAGCGGCAGGUGCAAGGGAACUGUGGGUGGCCUGGGGCAACUGCCAGUUCUUGUUAUGCCACCUUACCUCGCUGUCCUGAGUUUUGCACUUGCUCACUCUUCCAAAUGCCUCACCUGCUUUCUUAAGAACUACAGAUGAGAUUCUGAACACAGCAGCCUAGAGGCUGUCCUUGUGAGGCCCUUAUGACCCUCCUUCCCCCAGGUCAUCCUUUUGCAGGCAGGUCAACAUCUUUUGUUUGACUUUCGGAAGCUGAGUUUAAAACUCCUCUGGUUGUUUUGUUUCUGAUUUACUUUAUCCUGGCUAUUAUAGUUUGUUUGUUUUUUAUCACAAUUUGUGGUUUUAAUCUUUGCCUUGGGGGAAAUGCACAGAAAGGCAGAACAAGAGUCUGAUGGAUAAGAUAGAGGUAGCUGUGGGGUGGGGAGAUGGGUCUUUGCCCAUGCAGUAACAGUUGCUUUCCUCCUCCAGUCAGUAACGAGGAGCUGCGAGGACCCACCAAGGAGGCAGCUGCCCAGGUCAUCCAGUGGGUGAGCUUUGCGGACAGCGACAUUGUCCCUCCUGCCAGCACGUGGGUCUUCCCCACGCUGGGCAUCAUGCAUUACAACAAACAGGUGAGUGCUGGACGUAGGUGAAGCUGCCUUUGCACAGUCAGGCCAUUGGUUCACCUGGUGCAGCGUUGGGAAGGCUCUGGUCCUGCAGGUUUUGCUGGACAAUAACUCCCAUCAUCCCUGGCUGCUGGGGCUUCUGGAAACUGGCAUCCCAGCAGCACCUCAAGGGCCCCUGCAGGUUCCCCUUGCUCUAGUUCUGUGAGGUUUCUGGCCAGUUAUUUCCCAGCUAUAAGGGUAGUUCUCCUGGACCACCCCUACCUUUCCUGUGCCAGGUGUCAUAUUAUGUCAGGCAACAAAAAAGUUCAAGCCACAGCUGCAAAGGAAGUGUCAGAUGUGACAAGAAGAAGUACUACAUUGGGGAGAAAAAAUGCUGAAUUCUUACGGCAGAGCCAACUUAGACUGCGCCCUCGAUUCUUCCUUUGCAACCCCAGUUUGCACUGUCAUGUGAUUGGCAGGCAGCAUGCCCCACCUACCCAUUGACAUGGGCCACAGAAGGUUGGCUGUGUCUCAACAGGCCCUGUUGACAUACCCAUUUCUCUAGCUAGCCCUGAUCGAGCCACAACACGUUCUGCAGGCCAGAUGGCUUCUUUGAAUCCCACAAGUAGCCUGCUGCUAUUUCUCCUCCCCUUGACAACUGGUACUCAGUGGUGGUAAACUGCCCCUGAAUCCAGAGGCCCCAUUUAGCUGUCGUGCAUACUAGCAAGCUAGACUCCUCUGCUUGAGAGGUCUUUUAAACUGGAGGUGCUGUGGAUUGAACUCAGGGGUCUUACAUGUGCUACGCAUGUCCGUAAACACUAGGCAGGUGUUCUUUGUCCGUUUAGAGCUGGAGGGACAGGACAGGCACUUAAAAAUAGAAGAUGCACUCCCCAUCUUAUUUCAGAGUUGCAUAUUUAAUUGGUUCAUGUUAAAUGCACUUUGCAGUGGAUUUUUGUAUAGCUGGGAUGGCUGUCUAUUUUCCUAGGGUUUUUAUCCUUUUUGUUGUCUUCUGAGUGCACUAACUCAAUCUUUUAUUCAGGGUUGUUUUGGCUGCAGCAGAUUCUGCUGUCCCUUCAGGAUUUCUUUCUAAAUUGUGCAUCCCCCUCUCUCUCCAGGCUACAGAGUAUGCCAAGGAGGAAGUGAAGCGGAUUCUGGCCCUCCUCGAUGCCCAUUUGAAGACCAGGACGUUCCUGGUGGGGGAAUGUAUCACACUGGCUGACAUCACGAUUGUCUGCACACUUCUCUGGCUUUAUAAGCAGGUGAGUUUCUGAGAGCUGGCCGAGGAGCACGGGACAGAAGCAUCUGGGCAUGGUGGUAAACAUAUAUCCUGUGCUAUUUGCUCCUAGUAGGUAUUGGGGAGGGGCAGCAAGAUUCCACAUCUCUGGCCAGUUGCAACUCUGGAGAGUAAUUGAAGCUUGUGAGGGCCGGAUUAGCAGUUCUGCCCUCUGGGUUGCCCAGGGCAAGGAGUCCUCUGGCGGCAGGGUUGGAAACAGCACCUCUUCUGAACCAGGGGUAACCACGGAAGAAGCAGUGCAGAGCUGAGGCGGGUCGAGACCUGAUUGCGGGGGUGAAGUGUCCUAUCCUCACCGUUUGGCAGGUUGCGUUCUUUAAACGAGGCUGUUAAGAGCAGUUUGGAUAGAAAAGAGUGUAGAAAAACAUGGAAGGAGCAGGCUGUUGGGUCUGCUGUGAUAGAACUCAAAUGUCAAGAGAAGAAAAACCCAGAUUAUGCUCAAGAGUUACUUGAAGAGCCUUAUGCAAUAUGUAAAACAUCUCCCUUCAUAAUCCUACUUCUGUUAGGUGUGGGAAGGCUCAAGUUCUCUGCCACCAUCCCUUUUCUCUGGCAUGGCCAUGAGGGGAGGGCUUUUACUUCCACAUUUAAACUGUCAAGAAGUUCCUGUUUUAUCCAAAACAAUGGUUUGUUCAAACAAGUUGGGAUCACAACCAGUGGUUUGACCAUGAUUGAUUUGAACCAAACCAUGGCUCAGACUACCAAAUUCCCCAAGGUUGGCUGCAGUGGGCAACUGGUUAGUAUAAAACAGAGUGGAUUUGAUUUAAAUCACUAGUCAGUAAGACUUGAUACAAUUUUUUAAAAAACAGAAAGACUCAUUCUUGCUGGUAUAAUCUUAAUAUUUACAACCAGAUGAAGGUUUCAUUUUUGGAAAAAUAAAUUUUCAGAGUAGUUUUACAGUUAUAUCAAAAAUUACUGAUUUGGUUAUACUAUUAGAAAUACAUAGAUAGAUAAUUAUGAAAUUAUUGUGCGGUUUAAUAAGUUAACUGUUUAUAUUUCAGCAACUUUUCUGCUGUACUUUAUUGGAAGGAGAAAACAAAUCAUUUCCUUAAUAACAAUUUAAAUAAUUUAUUUAACUAAAACAAUAACAUUAUAGCAUAUGUAUCCAUGUUUGUUAACUGAUGUGGUUAAACAAUUUUUAAAAAACUUAGACUGAGUUUUAGCACACAUGAAAAACUUAAAACAAAUCCUUAUUUCCUGAUGAAUAGCCUUUGGACUAUAAUGUAACUUAAAUAGAAAGCUAUCUUUAGAAAGAUUUUUCCUCCAAAAGCAUUUUAUUUUAAAAAUCCAAUUUAAAUUUUAACAAUCUGAUUUUUUUUAAUUUAAAAAACAUUGAUUUUUAUCCACCCUGGUUUAAAAGUGAAAGCUUUUAACCUUCUUUAAACUGAUGGAAAUGAAGGGGAGAGAUGGUAGCCAUCUCCAUUUAGCUGAAGAACUGUCUCUCUGUUGCUCCAGAGGGCAGAACUGGAACAGGUUGGUGGAAACGGCAGGGCAGCAGAUGUCACCUGCAGGUUGGGGAAAGCUACAGCAGUGGGACAGAGUCUGCCUCAGGGGGGCUCUCUGUUGGAGGUGUUUAAGCUAAGGCUGAGGCCACAAGUAAGGGAUGCUGUAGUUCAGCCUUUCUCAACCUGUGAGUCCCCAGAUGUUGUUGGACUACAACUCCCAUCACCCCUAGCUAGCAGGGCCAGAGCUCAGGGAUGAUGGGAGUUGUAGUCCAACAACAUCUGGGGACCCACAGGUUGAGAACCGCUGCUUGUAGUUGCAUCUUUCAUUGAACACAGGGUUGGGCUGGGUGAUGUCUGAUCCUCCUUGUUGUCAUGUGAAGCCUACGGUUUAUUCACACAAGCUGCAGACCAUUCGUGUUUAAUCCAGAAGUCACGGUCUUAUGCAACCUGCCUAGCCCAGACCAAAUGGCGGGGGAGAUGAGCAUGUGCCACUCAAUCUGGUUCCCCUUGCUGUCUUCAGGUUUUGGAGCCGUCCUUCCGCCAGCCGUACGAAAACGUCAACCGCUGGUUUGUGACCUGCAUAAACCAGCCUCAGUUCAAGGCUGUCUUGGGAGAGGUGAAGCUGUGCGAGAAGAUGGCACAGUUUGAUGGUAAGGGAACUAGAGGCCUCUACUUAAAUUCAUAUUUUGUUUUUAAAAAUGCCUUUAAAUAGUUUGUGAAUUGUCCUUGCUAAAAAGUGGUGAUUUAUAAAUUUAAAGAAAUGUGCUCUGUGAGAACUGGUGCCCUGUAUUGGGCAAUCCUCGCCCUCUCUGGUUCUGUUCCUUGUGCUAUAGAAAUGAGACACAGGUGCAGAAAGAUGACAUCUCUCCCCUAUACCAUCUGUCCUCCUUCUGGAAAGUGGGGUGGUUCAGAAACUAAGACCCUCUUUACUCUGCUCCCAAGGAAGGGGCAUGGUCUGCCUUACUGUGUUUCUCUGCUGGCAGCAACAUAUGCUUAAUCACAAGUGACUGUUCUUAAAAAUCUCACCAGUGUUAUCUGCAGAUUCAGCUACCUGAUCUUAGACAAAUCAACCCAGCUUGGCUUCUUAAACCAUUAAUCCACCUUCCAUCCUUAUGCUUUUUCAGAUCUGCUGACUUGGCACCUCUGCGGCCUUAGGAAUUAAUGAAAUCUGCUUGCUGAAAUAGAUUAAAAUAAGUCUUGAGCAGAGUAGAAAACUAGAAGGUGCUUUUGAAAAACUUGGUGCCGUUUGGCUUGGCAGCCACAAAUUUAUGACCGGCCUACCCAAAGAAAUUGCUUGGAAUUAACAACAGAGUUGCCAUUUGUACGUACCAAUGUGCUGGCUUAUUUUUAUUUAUUUAUUUCCUAAAAAUUUUAUAACACUUGAUGGCUAAGGAAACCCCCCCCCAAAGAGCAGUUCACGAAAAUAAUAAAGCAAUAAAAUUAUCAGUAGAAACAGUUAGAAACAGCUAUUUAAAGCACUUGAAAAUUAAAAUCUUCAGUAAGUGUGAAACUCCAGAUACCUAAGUAUCUAGGCAGGUUUGCCUAAGCAAAAAGGUACAGUCGUACCUUGGAAGUCGAACGGAAUCCAUUCAGGAAGUCCAGCUUCCAAAACGUUUGGAAACCAGACCUGCAGCCCAUCAGACAGGGGAAGGGUUUGAAGAACGUUCAGAAACCAGAACACUCACUUCCAGGUUUUGAUCGUUUGGGAGCUGAUUUGUUCGGGAGCCAAGACUUCCAAGGUACGACUGCAUUUAGCUGCUUUCCGAAAAAAGUUCAAAGAAGCCUGACUGAUGUUAAUAGGCAGGGAGUUCCCAAUUGUGGGUGCAAAAUGGGCAUUAUGUGUCCCCCGUAACAGUGUCAGUUUUGCAGAUCCAGGUGGCUGAGUGGGCAUAUAUGGGUAAGGUGCUCUCGCAGGUAAACCGGUCCCAAGUUGUUCAGGGCUUCAUAUACUAAUAGUAACACCUUGGCCCAGUAGCAUACUGGCAAUGAGUGCAGGUCCCUUGAGCCCAGGUGCAUGCAGACAGGGUCUCACCCCUGUCAGCAAUCAUGCAUUCCAGCUGCAGCUUUUCCAUAUCAAGUGUGCGGGAAGCCCCACACUGAGCGCAAUGCAGUAGUCCCUUCUUGAAGUAAGUAGCUUGGCGUGGGUGUGGCCAACCUGUGGCUCUCCAAAUGUUGGGACUGCAUUUCCCAUACUCCCAGAUGAUUGGCUGGGGUCAACAUGUGACAUUGCCCCCGCCCCACACACCAUUUUCCUCCUUAUUCCCUCUCUGUGCAGCCAAGAAGUUUGCCGAGAACCAGCCCAAGAAGGAGGUGCCCAAGAAGGAGAAGCAGCCCAAGGAGGACAAGAAGUCGGAGAAGAAAGAGGAGAAGAAGCCCGAGCCCGAGGAGGAGAUGGACGAGUGCGAUGAGGCCUUGGCCUCCGAGCCCAAAUCCAAAGACCCCUUUGCUCACCUCCCCAAAAGGUGAGGCUCUGCUCGGGGUGGCAGUGAUGGAUUGGGAAAGCCUUGGGACAAUCCUCUGUUUCUGGAUAACUAGAAAAAGUCCAUGUGCCAGAUAGGACUGGCCGAUAACUGGUUUUCAGUAUUGCGAUAUAUCACCAGCUAAACAUUGUUAUAUAUUGAUAUAUCACAAUAUCUGAAACAAGGAAGGAACCAUGCAGAGGCGAACAGGACAGUGUCCUGGCAACUGCUACUACUUUGGGGCUUGACUAUUGAUGAAACUGAGUGUGUAAUGAUUGAUAAUAUUGUCAUUUAUCUGUUUUAGACUCCUAUUGCAAUGUUUAGCAGGUGAUAUUGAGAGGGUUAGCUUGUGAUAACAUUGCAAUGUUUAGCUGGUGAGUUGUCCUGAUGUUGAAAGCCAGAUAUCGCCUAGCCGUUACACACAUUGUGAUUUGUGAUAUUUUGCCAGCUGAAAUAUUAGGAAACCGUUCUCAUGAUGUGUAUUUCAAACCAUUUUUGCAUGCUAUAUUGAUAGAUCGCUCAGCCCUAGUGCCAGAGAAUUGGGGGGCGUGCGUUGUACAAGCUUGGAGGCCACUUAGCAAAUCAGUUCUGAGUCCCUUCCACCCUAAACCCCCCUCCCCCAGAAAAUCCCAGCUUGUGAUAAUGGGGAAGUCCCAGAGUUGUGUAAGGCACCAGGUCUCCCUUCUCCCAACCACUUGAUGUUUUAUUCUGCCAUUUUGGAGGCUCCUCAAAUUUCCCCGUGCAUUGUUCAAGUGGUUCUGCCUCUGAAAUAAGGUCUAGAAGUUUUCCUUUAAAAAAAAAAAAAAAAAGCUGUGUUCUAGCCAAGCUUUUGUUCCUGGACUGUUCCUAAGUCCGGUGACUGACCCUUGUUUUAUGGGUGGUGUCAGAAGACAUUCAGGGCUGGCUGCCAUUGGCAUAGGCCUUCUGUUCAGAAUCCACCUCUCCCUCAAUUACUUGCAGGGAGUGCCGGGCAGCAUCCCAGGGUGUGCAGCCCUUACAGGCUCUCUGUGUGCAGCUUGCUUGGAGUGAGAUGGGAUAGGGAAGGUUGAGGUGCCCUUUCCUGAAUGACCCCCUGCUGCCUCCCAGGUGGUGAGGGCCCAGUUCUAGGCAUGCAAGCCGUCCCCCAGAACUCUGGCAGGGGGAGAGCAGUGUGCAGGCAAAGACCCCCCCAAAAAAAACUCUGCAGGGAUGGCUUUCCAAGCCAAAGGGGAGUGUGUAGCUUGCUGCAUGCUUCCCUUCUGUUUCAAAGGCUGUGGGUGCGAACCACGUACCUUAUAAUGCACAGGACAGUUGUUGGCCUUGGGAAAGGAUUGUUCAGCUGCAGCAGGCUCUUGAGUUAAUAGUAGAUGGUUCUGUGGGAAGGAUCCUGGCCAGCAGUAUUUUCAGGUGGUCCACACAGUGGACCUUGUGAAGAAGGGCAACGUAUUGUAGGGCUUGGCAAACGGACUUGCUUCUCUCCUUUGUAUGUGGGGCUUGGCCAAGCACAGCAGCUCAAGUUCUGUCCAAAAGCAGUAAAUGAAAGACAACUUAGGAGAUCUGCUCAUUCAGGGAGAAAAAUUACUGAAAUGGGCUCACCGCUGCACUAUAUGUAUAUAUGCCUGCUGCAUUUCAGGUGCAAAUCCAGUGGAACUGGAGGGCAAGCAUAUGCUCAGAACUUUGCACAGGAUCAGCCCAGGGCAGAAUCCUCUCCUGGCCUCCCCACUCCCCAAACUUCCCUUGUUUCCCUAGCUGCCCUUGUUAGACACUUAGGAGUCCAGACGUGGGCAGAAAGUAAAUCGCCCUACAGCAAGUGUUUCUGAAUCCCAGUUGCUUAAUAGUGGCUUAACAGCGGCUGUAAGAAAAUAGCCUGCCCCCUAAAAUUACAAGCUUAACUUGCACAGUUGUUAAAAAUCACAUGGGCGCCCUCCCCUGGUUCACCCACUAGGGGGCAGCCCAUAGCUGUGCUUUGGCUGUCCCACAUCCCAUGCCCUGCCACGUGCUAGGGCUCCUUUUGUGCUUUGCCCCAGCCAGGCCGAGCCCACAUUCCCUGCUUGGGAGGAAGAAACACUGGGCGGCGGCAAGGAGCCUUGCUUCUUGGGUGGUUCACCAACCUGGUGCCCUCCAGAUGUUUGGGGCUGCAACACCCCUGUCAGCCACAGCUCUUGGAAUGGCUGGGAGACCGAAUAGCUCUGGCAGCAGAGUGUAAAGCGAAAGUGUCAAAACUUUAAUGUGUGAAAGAGCAAAACAAGUUGGGGUUAGAAAACUGGGUUUGGCUUGGCCCUGAAAGAUGGGGAGGGCCGUAGCUCAGAAGCAGAGCACCUGCCUUGAGUGCAGAAGGUCCCAGCUUCAAUCCCUAGCACCUCCAGAUAGGAUCGGGAGAGACUCCCUGGCUGAAAUCCUGGAGAGCUGCUGCCAGUCAGUGUAGACGCUACUGACGUAGAUGGUCUUGACCGUGUAAGGCUGCCUUCUAUGUUCAAAUGUAUGUUCACCCUCAAGCUUCUGGCAGAGGAGGCCUGCCCAGUCUUGGCUUGGGUGGGACAGCCAACUCUCCCCCCCCCCCAAUGUAAAACAUGUUCCCCUGCCGAGCUGUAUUCAGAGCAUGGUGUGUUUCUACAAGAGGAAUCACACCGCUAAUAUUGGCCUUGAUGCAACACUGCAGCUGUUACCAGCACAAACCAUCCUCUGAGCCAAUAUACUCUUAAACAGUAGCUGACUUGUUUUUGGAAACCCCCCUCCCCUACCCCAUGUGUUCUGUAUCAGGCGUAAUUAAUAGCGUUCGUCAUUCUGAAGGCAGAUGGGUCAUAAUACCACUUGAGUUUUGGUUUGGUUUUUUUCAUCCACGUGAUCCCUCCCUUCUCCCCGAAAACAGGUUUUUCUAGAUUUUCAGCUGGCUUUUCCCUUCUGCAGUGAGUGUGAACUUGGAUGUGGGUGGGCUGCUGUUUGGGAUCAGCAUCUUUGGGACCCAGCACCCAGUGGGCUUCUACAGAAUUUCUGCCUGUUUGGCUAAGAGACCCCCACCCCCGAACCCAUGAUGAACACACAGAAGUGGACGACUUUCUGGAAAAAGCCAUGGCAAUGUCUAUCGAACAAGGGUAGCAGCCAUGCCUUCUGGUCUCCCACUUUAGGGCAGUCACCUUUCCUACAGCAGCUGCUCACCUGUGCCCCUCCCUCUAUUCUUCUUGUGCAGAAUGAUGGAUUGACUACUGUUCUCUCUACGCACAAUUGCCUUUAGAGACUGGUGCUUUUAAUUCCUCUACCAGGCUGCUUAUUGAGAUUUCAACUGCAUUUUGCAUCAGUUAGCUCCUUUAUCUCCAGGCUCAUUUCAGAGUGCUGCUGCUAACAUUUCAGAAGCGCCAAUGCUUUGGGGUGGGGUUUGUUUGGAGGCCUGUUGGCCUGCCUGGUCCUGGAGGUCUGCCUCUAGAGACCCUGCUGUUGCUUGUCGUUAAGCAAGUCAAGUUGUCAGAGAACCAAAGAUGGGGCUUUUUCAGUUGGAUGUCCCCUGCCAGCACACACACAGAGGUAGAAUUCCCUCCCCUAAAACUCCAUUUGGCCCCUUCUUUUGUGGUAUCGAAGUAAGCCUUAAAAGCAUCGCUUUAAUUUAGCAAGAGUAGGUUCACUCUGUGCAGCAGAGGAUGAGUGGCAUCUUCGGGGAAGGGCUGUGGCUCAGUGCCUGAGCAUGUGCUCUGCGUGCAGAAGAACCCCCCAGGGUCAGUCCCUGCCUGCAUCUCCAGGUAUUGCUGGGGAAGGCCCUUGUCUGAAGCCCUGGAGAGCUGCUGCCACCCAGUGCAGGCAAUACUGAGCCAGAUGCGCCCCUGGUCCAACCCGAUGUAACGCAGCUCCCUACGACCCUUUCCUGUCCUCUUCCCUUCAGCUCCUUCGUCAUGGACGAGUUCAAGAGGAAGUACUCCAACGAGGACACCCUGACGGUGGCAAUACCCCACUUCUGGGAGCAUUUUGACAAGGAGGGUUGGUCCAUCUGGUAUGCAGAGUAUCGCUUCCCCGAGGAGCUCGCUCAGACCUUCAUGAGCUGCAACCUCAUCACAGGUAAGCCUGCCGUGACCCCAGUCGCCACCACCUCCAUUGUUUUCUGGGCUGGCGGCCUCUGAGCUGGGCCAGACAGUCAAGUGACCUCUUUGUCCCCCCUUUUCUUUCCUGGCAGGCAUGUUCCAGCGCCUAGACAAGCUGCGCAAGAACGCCUUUGCUUCUGUCAUCCUCUUUGGCACCAACAACGCCAGCUGCAUCUCUGGCAUCUGGGUCUUCCGUGGGCAGGAGCUAGCCUUUCCGGUGAGUUUAUGCCUCGGGGAGGCCUGUGAGGAACCCGGACCUCUUGGGAGAUCUGAGCUUGACGGCUUCCCUAGCUAUUUCUCUCGCAGGAGGGUCAGGGAAACGCAACAUUGCCAUUAGCCGUUCUCACUGCAGCUCAGACAGGUGGCUCCUCAUUGGAUCUUUAGUCAGGCCCACCUAGGCUAGAUUUAUGUUGCUCUCCCACAAGCAAGGAGCCACGAUAGAUCGAUCAAGUGGGCAGCCAUGCCAGGAACACUUUACAGCAGCCUUUGCCAACCUGUGCUUGCUGGGGGCUGCUGGGAGUUGUAGUCCAACAACACCUGGAAGUAAGAAAAAGUGAGGCUAUGCACACCUUAGCAACAGCCAACUGUGGUUGUCCCUCCACAGCUGACAUGGGCCUCUCACCCACCGCCUCUUGCCACAUUGUAGUUUGCCUGGCCACAAGCCGGUGGAACUGCAAACUGCAGCGUGAUGACCCUGCAGCAUUUUUAUUAUACGUAAGAAAAGCAGAAUACCAUUGCAAACUGACUUCUGUUCCCAACGGUCAGAUCUGAUGGAGAAUAUCUUUUGCCAACCUGGUGCCGCCCUGGUAGUUUGCACUGCGACUCAAUCAACCCUGACAUAUGGGUUAUACUUGCUGGGGCUGAUGGGAGUUGUAGUCCAGAAACAACUUGGAGGGCACCAGGUUGGCGGAAGCAGCCUUAACAAGAUUCAGUGCCAGCCUUUAAAUAUUUAAAGGUGAUUUCCACUUUGGGCGUCAGCAGCCGGGGCUGAGCUGCCCUUACAGUUAACGGGUGAAGCAGGGAGGGAGGCGGCCCCUUUAUUUCUCUCUCCCCCCCUCCCCCCCACCCAUCCUGACUCUGCUCCCUCCGUGUCUCCUUCAGCUGAGCCCCGACUGGCAGGUAGAUUACGAAUCCUACACUUGGCGGAAGCUGGACCCGGAGAGCGAGGAGUGCAAGACGAUGGUGAAGGAGUAUUUCCUGUGGGAGGGCGAUUUCAAGCACGUCGGCAAAGCCUUCAACCAGGGAAAGAUUUUCAAAUGAUGCGGCCAGAGAGCUGGCGAGGGGGGCGGGACUGUUCCCAAAACCAUGGACCUAAGGAAGGGCGUCGUAGUCUCCAAAGGAGCGGUGAGAGCUCCCGCCACCGUUAGAAACAACUCAGCAGGGAGAGACGUCGUGACAUUCAAAGACGCGAAUUAAAAACCCGAGUGUGCUAGUAGCUUCAGUGUCCGGUCUGUGCUUGGGGGGGGGAGGGGCUGUGGAAGGCCUCAGUGCCAGGAGGAGGAGGAGGAGGGGACAACAUUUCCUUUUGUGCUCCUCAAGGGGGUUACAAAUAGUAGUUUGGCUUACAAGGCAGCCUCUUUCUACGCCCCACGGCAUGGCCCUUGCCCCUGGCUGCUUCCAGCUCCCCUAGAAUGUGCCUGCCAGGUAGAGGGGCCCCCUGAUUUGUCCUGGGGUGUGAGAAAGGUCAGAAACCAGUGAAAGUUUCUCGCUUUACUUUUUGUCCAUUAGCACAAGUUGGGAGCAGGCCCUGUUGCUCCUUUGAGUCGUCUUGCAAAACUCAAGAGGGCCGGAGAGAGAUCAAUGUACAAUUUUAGAUAUAAGAAAAAUGGAAUCAUUAAAUCACUAUAUUUAAAUAGG